AUGAAGACGCGCAUCGUUCAAGUGUCUGCCUCGCAUGUUCAGUUCCUGCAGAAACGGGGUGCGCAUCCCUAUGACAAUCCGACAGUCAAGUUGCAAGAACCAACGGCGGCUCAUGUACAAGCUGCAGCAGAUCAGCUCAAGCUAGGAGACCUCGUCGCGUUUCCGACAGAGACGGUCUAUGGCCUUGGCGCAAAUGCGACACAAACGGAUGCGGUCGCCAAGAUUUACAAGGCGAAAGGGCGUCCGUCAGACAACCCACUCAUUCUGCAUGUCGCAUCGCUUGCACAGCUACGGUUGCUCUGUCCUGCAGGCUGGCCAAGUGUCUAUGAUGCCUUGAUUGAUCAGUACUGGCCCGGUCCAUUAACACUCAUCAUACCGCUGCCCGAAGGUAGCGCCAUCUCGCCGCUAUGUACAGCUGGUCAGAGUACGUUUGCUGUGAGGAUGCCGGAGCACAAGAUUGCGCUCGCAUUGAUUGCUAGCGCUGGUGUUCCUCUUGCUGCGCCCUCGGCAAACGCGUCAACGCGGCCAUCGCCUACAUCGGCAGCGCAUGUUAUGCAUGAUUUAGAAGGCAGAGUGCCCUUGAUUCUAGAUGGUGGAUCAGCACAAGUCGGUCUCGAAUCCACUGUGGUGGAUGGUACAUGCUCGCCGCCUGUUAUUCUACGGCCUGGAGGUAUCUCUCUGGAGCAGAUACGGAAAAUAGACGGAUGGCAAGAUACACGGGUGUAUCAAAAGGCUAGUAUCGACGCUAGCGAUGCAGAGGUGCCGCGGACGCCUGGCAUGAAGUAUCGGCACUACUCGCCGACAGCUCGGGUCGUCUUGUUUGAGACAUACACGGGUGACCUCGAGCAGCGGAUGCGAGAGUGCAUUGGCGAUAUACCGUCUGACCAGGUGGCCGUUCUACGGUCACAGUCAUGGCCGGCAUCCCUAUCAGAGUCGCUUAAAUGCCGAGAUUAUGAGCUUGGCAAGACGUUGCCUCAGGUAUCAAGGAACCUCUUUGGCCUGCUUCGAGAGUGCGACGAGCGAGACAUGUCUCUGGUCCUUGUUGAAGGCGUUCAAGAAGCGAAUGAAGGGCUUGCAGUCAUGAACAGAUUACGGAAGGCAGCGAGUCUUGUCAUUUCUGAUUAG